UUAAUGUAAAAUACAUACAAAUACUAAUGGAAUCAUGUUGGACAGUCACUUUGUGUUCAUACCUAAACAAACUGUCAGAUAUGUUACUGAACUAACAGAGUGCAUCAAGGUCAAAUCAUCAGACGAGGAUGUUGAUGAUUCAAAUGAGUUUGUGAAGUUCUUCCCUAGUUUCAUCUGGGCAGUGAGGGACUUCACCCUGGAGCGAAAGAUUGAUGGCAAAGAUGCAACAGAGAAUGAUUAUCUAGAGUUUGCUCUGAAGCUGAAACAUGGAACAUCAAAAAAAGUGAUGGAGCACAACCUUCCCAGGGAGUGCAUCCAAAAAUUCUUCCCCUCCAGGACGUGCUUCACGUUCCCGUUUCCAACCACCCCAGAGAAUGUGUCUCGUCUGGAGAGACUGGAUCCUGCGGACCUUUCCACUGAGUACCUGGAGGUUACAGGACGUUUCUGCAAGUUUGUCUUUGACAAGAGCGAUGUGAAGAAGCUGAAGGAUGGAUACACAGUCACUGGCAGAGUUCUGGGUCAUCUAGCAGGAAUAUACGUAGACACCAUCUCUAGUGGGGCUGUGCCGUGUCUGGAGAAUGCUGUGAUCGCCAUGGCAAUGAUUGAGAAUCAAGCUGCGGUGAAGGAGGGGCUUGAGGUGUACCAGAGUGGAAUGGAGAAGCUGAAGAACUCCUUCCCUCUGGAGUUAAAGCUUGUGUCCUCGGAACACCAACGUCUCAGCAGCAUGGCAACACAAACCUUCAUGACUCGAUCUUUCAGGGACACUGACGGGAAGCACCUGAAAUCUCUAGAGGUUAGCUGGAUCUCUCUCUGAGGAGGUCCUUUGAGCUUACUGAUAGAGAGAUGUUCUUUCAGAGUAGUGAAUGAGAUCUGGACAUUCUCCCUGAUUCCAUCUUCUCAUAUAUACCAUUCUGUGCUGACAGUGUUAUUCCAAAUAAA